GCAAGAAGAGCUGAAGGUGCAAAGGAAAUCAUGAGUGAAGAAAAAGAAGAGAUGAAAGAGAUGAAGACUGACAUUGCCAAAGAACGAGAACUGUUGUUGAAGGAAAGGAGAAAUAUGGAAGAAGAGCGGUCUGAGAUGGAAAUGAGAGGAGACCAAGUCAUGGAUGAAAUGAAAUUGCUAGAGAUUCUGAAAGUGAAACUUCAACAACUGAAGGAGGAUAUAAAAGCCAAAAUGGAGAGAUUACUACAAAAUGUUGACAACAGGUCAAGGCUGCAAACAGUGUUGGAAGAAAAACUUCCAACCCAAGACGAACUGAAAGAAAGCAUUCGCUGUUUCACUGAAAUGUUAGAGAGAGAAAAGGAAGGUGUGAGAAGUAUCCUUUCAGACAUGGUCACCAAGAGAGAAUGCACAGAAAAUGAAUGGAAGAAGCAGUUUGAACUGGACAAACGAGAACUUGAUAAAGUGAAAGAAGAUCUGAAACAUGACAGAGAAGAUCUGGAGAGAGAAAGUGAGGUGUUGAAUAAAGAGAAAAUGGAUUUGAAGGUGUUGAUGUCUGACAUCAAGAAACAAUUUGAAAUAUUGGAAGAAAAGAAACAAAAUAUAAAAGAAGAACGAGACUCAAUGGAAACCAUAAAGCUUGAACUGCUCAAUAAGAUGGAACAUGUAAACAGGCUGUUACAUGAGACAAAUGACGAAAAAGCCAAGAUUAAAAUUGUAUCCUUCAGGUUCAAAUGGAAAAAGAAAGACUUGAAGACAUUUUUAGCAAGAUUUUCUUAACACAUAAUGAAGAAAAAGUCAAGGAAGAUGGCCUCAGAAGACAAACAAAGAAGUG